AUCUCGCCUGUCACAAUCAAUCGAGUUCAGCCGAUCACAACUAAACUGAUUGCAGAAAACUAAAAAAUGAUUCAAACGGCUAUGGAAGUAGAUUCUGGGUGGGAGUGUGUGAAUAAUAUACUGGCAGAUGAACAAGAUAAAUGGAUGGAAUCAAUUGUAAAUGUGAAGAAUUCUGUGAUUGGCAACAAUAAACACAAGAAUUUAGCUGUCCAACAAGGAAUUAUACCUAGGUUACUACAAUGGAUGAUAGAUGAUGGUAUUCCCAUAGAACUUAGAACAGAAGCAGCCAUAGUGUUAGGAAGUCUAGCCAAAGGGUCAGAAGAGGAACUACAAACUUUAGUCAAUGCAGGAUCUGUUAAUGUAUUGUUAAUGGGUAUUACCAACAAUAAUAUUAAAUUUGUUGAAGCUUGUUUGAGAUGUUUGAAAACCUUAUUUUUGAUGAAUGAUCCACCAGUCCAUCUUAUUUAUGAGAAUAAAACAGUAAUUCCACACAUGAUCAACAUAAUAUCAAAGUCACUAUGUACACAGGAAUGUAUAACUACAUUGUUCUCUAGAUGUUGUAAUACAAAAGAACAUCAAGAGAAGUUAUGUAUGAAUGGAGCUUUAGCUACUCUUGCUCCUCUACUUACCUCAACCAUUUAUAAAGUACAAAUGCCAACACUUAAGUCAAUAGCUGUGUUAUGUUACCAGAAUGAAGAUGUUGCCAAGGCAACUGCUACAGCAACCUACAAUGGGGAAUCUAUUCCAUCAUUACUUGUAAAGUUAUUGGCUAGAGAUAAAACUUCAGAAAUGCAGAUGGCAGCAGCAAGGUGUCUGACAUACUUAUGUAGAGGAGGGGCAUUACAACCAUCUAGUAAUGUUAUUAUGUUUAAGGCAUUACCAACUGUAAUAAGGAUGUGUAAAAAGGACAGAACAUUAGAAGAGAAUGUAGAAGGAGCAGAAACAUUAGCCUAUCUUAUCGAAGAAGAUCCAGAACUACAAGGCAUAGCAGCAAUCUCAGACCACAUUAUCAAAACACUGGCAGAAUAUCUUAGAUAUACGGAUGUACAACAAAUUAAUUCUAGAACUACACACAAAAAGGACAUUAAUUGGAGCAAUGAAUUGAAGCAAGCAGCUUUCAGGGCAUUUGCCUCCCUUGGAGCUAAUGAUGAGGAUAUCAGGAAAAAGAUAAUUGAAACAGAGAAUUUGAUGGAUCACAUUAUAUCAGGAAUGAACAGUGAGGAUAUCAAAGUAAAAGCAGCAGCCGUCAGAUGUCUCCAUAGUCUCUCUAGAUCUGUACAACAACUAAGGACAACCUUCCAAGAUCAUGUUGUUUGGAAGCCAUUAAUGAAUAUGAUACAGAAUGGACCAGAAGAUUUAUUAGUUAUUACAUCCUCAACAUUGUGUAAUCUUUUGUUGGAAUUUUCUCCAGGGAGAGAAGUGAAUACCCCUAGAAAGGCAAUAUUGGAUACUGGAGCAAUUGGCAUCCUGGUAACGCUGACAGGAAGAAAUGAAUCUGAACUUAGACUAAAUGGAAUUUGGGGGUUGAUGAAUAUGGCUUUUCAAUCAGAAUUAAAAGUCAAGUCACAAAUUAUUGAGGCCAUUGGAACAGAACAGUUAUUCAAGCUCUUGUCAGAUCCAGAUCCAAACAUUCUGAUGAAGACAUUAGGUCUGAUUCGUAAUCUAUUAUCAGGCAAACCACAUAUAGACAGUAUAAUGAGUGUGUAUGGUACACAGAUAAUGCAGGCAGUCGUCUUUAUAUUGGAAGGAGAUCAUUCAUCUGAUAUUAAAGAACAAACAUUGUGUAUAUUGACCAAUGUUGCUGAUGGUGAUGAUUCUAAAGGUUAUAUAAUGGAAAAUGAAGAUGUGUUGAAAAAAUUAAUGACAUACAUGAUGCAUACAAAUGUGAAAUUACAAAUAGCUGCCACUACAUGUAUAUCUAAUCUAGUGUGGAAUGAAGAGGAAGGUGCCUAUAAAAGACAGGCCAAACUGAGAGAAAUGGGUGUACAGAAGAUAUUACAACAGCUGUUGAGUUCUAGUGAUGCUAUUUUAUUUGACAGAGUAAAAGAUGCACUGAAGCAGUUUGGAUGAGUACAUACUAUUAAUAAAUAUAAUGACUGAAAUAAUCAACAUAUGAGCUGAAAGUUCUUGUGUUACACAUAUCUGCCAUCAGCAAUUCCAAGGAGACAGCAGGGACAGGAGAUGGACACAAUAGCAAUUCAUAUAUCUGUGAUUAAAAAUGAAAUGAAAUAAAAUGUAGUAAUUUUGA